CUGUUAAAAAAAACAGGGGAAGAAAGUUUGUCCGAAUGGAAUAUUCUACAGAACUAUCUUCUCCCCCCACGAAGCUUCUGGAUCUCACCCACCACCACCGUCCUCAUCCCCCCAUCUUCCCUCCAUCUCCUCCUUCCCCAUUAUAUAAUCCUCAGUAAAAUCCAUAAACAAAUCCAAGCAUUUUCAUAAAACAAACCCAUACCAUCACAGAAUUUGACUCCCUCUCCUUCCAAGCAUUUCCACGAACACCUCGCUUGCAAUGGCAGACGACGGCGCCGUCACAGUCUACAACGGCAGCAUCACCACCACUGACGCCAUGACACAAAACCCAUUCUCGAUCAAAGUCGGCCUGGCCCAAAUGCUCAGAAACGGAGCCAUCAUCGAAGUCACCAAUCCAGACCAAGCCAAGAUCGCCGAAUCCGCCGGGGCUUCUUGCAUCGUCGUCUCGGAUCCAUUCCAACCCGGUAGAAUUUCCCGCAUGCCCGACCCGUCUCUCGUCAAGGAGAUCAAGAACACGGUCUCGAUACCCAUCAUGGCCAAAUCCAGAGUCGGGCAUUUCGUGGAAUCCCAAAUACUUGAAUCCGUUGGCGUCGAUUAUAUCGAUGAGAGCGAGGUUCUUUCGGUGGCCGACGAGGAGAAUUUCGUCAACAAGCACAAUUUCAGGGUUCCGUUUGUGUGUGGGUGUAAAGAUCUAGGAGAGGCCAUGAGGAGAAUUCGAGAAGGUGCUGCAAUGAUAAGAUCUCAGGGGGAUUUAACUGGUUCCGGAAACAUUGUAGAAACCAUCCGUAGCGUGAGGAAAGUGAUGGGUGAUAUUCGGGUUCUAACAAAUCUGGACGAAGACGAAGUUUUCGCCUUUUCGAAGAAGAUAUCGGCGCCUUACGACAUUGUGGCCCAGACCAAGCAAAUGGGCAGGCUUCCCGUCGUGCAUUUCGCGGCAGGAGGGAUUGCGACGCCAGCGGACGCGGCUUUGAUGAUGCAACUGGGUUGUGAUGGGGUUUUCAUUGGACAAGAGGUUUUUCGAUGCUCGGAUCCGUAUAAGCGGGCUCGGGCAAUUGUGGAGGCAGUGAGGAACUAUAAUGAUCCCCAUGUUCUGGCAGAGACGAGCUGUGGGUUGGAAGAGGACAUGGCCGGACUCAAUCUCGAUAGCGUCGAACAGCUUGGCACCUUAGGCACCUAUUGAGUUAAACUUGUUGAAGUUGUUAGGAUUAGUUAUCUAGGAUUAUAGGAAGGUUGAUUCCAUAUUUGGUGGAAGAAUAUAUUAGAUAGGAUGGUGGUGUUGUAACAAUAAUGUGUCUGAUGUAGCUGUAUUUGUCUUUCCUUUGAUCAAUGUUUUGUCUGAGAUACCGGAAACAGCUGGAAUAAAUUGGUUCAUGGAGUUGUCAA